UUUCUAAUUAUCUACAGCAAUCAAAAUAAAAUGGAUCUCAGAUCGGUUUCCAGCGCUCGCCCAUCACGUGCAGUAAAUGACUCAUUGGCUGAAGGCUCGGUACAAAUGGUAUUUAAGAAAGUGAGUCCCGACGAUCACCUGUGUGAGACUGUGGCGCCUCCUACGACAUAUGGUUGUUAACAUGUUGACAACAAUGAUUUUACCCUUUAUACUUUUUUCUACGGCCUUUUGUCUUGAAGCCCAGAAGACAGGAAGUGUCCCCAAAGCACAAGUCAUGCUACAGUUAGAAGGCAUGGACUACUCGCUGUUCGGCUACAACAGUCUCAAGGGAUGCCCUCUGACCUCAGGACGUGACCCGGGCUUUACUCUCCCCAUCUUUUCUGCAUGUAGUCCAGCCCACCUGCACAACACCUUCAUGGAGUAUCCUGAGAGCGGACUGAGGGGACACAGUAUGGUGGCACGGGAUGGAGUCAGUUUGCAGACGUGCAGCGACCUGUGUGUCAGCAACAGAGGUUGUCUGUCCUUUGACUUCAGAGUCACAGGAGGGCGCUGCCUGCUUCAUGACGUCACCGCAUGUGACGCUCAGUCAGGGUGGUAUCCUCACAUCAGUACAGGGUGGACCCACUACCAGAGAAGCUGCCUGCAACCUCCCGCCUCAUACCCGGGACCAGAGUGGUACAACGCACCCUGCAAAAGACACGUGGAAUGUCCUGAGCCUAACAGUCGGUGUGUGUCGGGUAGAUGUGUGUGUAUUGACGGCUUGGUUUACAUGGAAACUGACUCCUCGUGUGGUGCUGCAGAGUCAUGUCGGGACUUGCAGACAGCAGGAGGCAAGUCAGGUGUCUACUCCAUUGAACUGCCAGAAACCAGAGAGAAACUGAGAGUGUGGUGUGACAUGGACUCUGGCAAUGGCGGCUGGCUGGUGUUCCAGAGACGCCGUGACGGCUCCGUUGACUUCUACAGGAACUGGACACAGUAUGAACAGGGCUUUGGUGACAUCACCGGGGAGUUCUGGCUGGGUUUAUCAAGGCUUCACACCCUGAGCAAAGGGAGACCCACCCGACUGCGCGUAGACCUCGGAGAAGUGGAUGGACAUCGUCACUACGCUGAGUACACAACAUUCAGGGUGGACGGUCCUGAGACAAACUACACACUGACCGUGUCCGGCUACUCGGGUAACGCGGGUGACAGCUUGCAGUAUCACAACAACCAGAGUUUUUCAACCUUUGACCGAGACAACGACAAGUGGUCUGAUGGCAACUGUGCCGUUGCCAUUCACGGCGCCUGGUGGUACAAAAUAUGUCACGAGACCAACCUUAACGGCCGAUACAAGGUUGACGGGGCCGAUGGUACUGACGGCGUCAACUGGUUUUUCACCCACUAUGACAGGAGGAGCUUCACCUUCAGCGAGAUGAAAGUACAACCAGUGUAACACCGCCUUGUCUCCUGUACUCUCACUGCUUACACCCUCAGUCUACUCUACACCACACGUGACACUCGUGAUGUCACCUCAGUGCAGAUGACUGGUCUCGUAAUAUUGGAGAAUAUAAACUCAGUGCAUCCUGUUGUCCCUUAGUUGUUUACAUUGAUGAUGAUGCUAAAAGAUUCUAAUAUACAAAGCUUAACACCUUUGAUUUUUAUUAAUGAAUUUAGCAUGUUAAUUGCUCGUAAACAUGUCAUGAACUGUAGUGAUAUAUAAUAGUUUAUACAACUUAUGGUAGUUUCACACGGUGUCAAAAAUAUAACUGUUAACUGUUAGGUUCAUUUUCAAAUAAUACAGAAACACUGAUUGUAUGGAAGACUGUUGCUUACUGACGACAGUAAUACAUGACACAAUUUGCAUUGUACGAAAAAGAAUUAAAAAUAAAGUUUAGUUGAUAUUAUG